AUGGAUUCCAAAUACCAAAAUAACGAAACUAUUAAAUCACUUUGUCGAAUUCUUCUAAAAAAUCUAAAUGAUAAUGUUCAAAUAAAUGUUAAUAAAUCUAUUCCUUGCAAUCGUUAUAAACUUUUGAGCUAUUGGUUGUAUAAUAAAAUAGAACAAUUUUUUACUUUAAAUUUUGAUAAAAUAGAUAGAAAAAAUCUUUAUGAUGAAUAUGCUCGUAUAUGGAAACUUUUCGUGAACUAUUCAUUUAGAAGAAAUUUAAAUAAUUGUCAGCCUGAACCUGUCAGUGUUUUUGAUGAUAAAUGGACCGUGAGAAAGGAAUUUUACGAGUACUGUGAAGAUUAUAACACUUUUAAGAAAAGUUGUACUCAUAGUUCUUCUACUUGCGGUAAAUAUUAUGAAUACCUUGAAAAUAAGAGUGAUUUGUAUGAUCAGUUCCUUACACUUAAUUUAAAUAAACACCAGGAUGAAGAUUCAAGUUCUUAUGAAAUAUAUAAAUAUUAUGAUCCUAGGACCCUUUUAUAUAACUUACCAUGCACAUUUAAAAUUUCACCCGAUGGAAGACGUGAAUAUGUGAAGACAUCAACAAGAAAUUUGUAUCAACCUAUAGUUCAACCGGAUGCUGCAUCCCAGUAUCGG